CUUUCUUCUCUCUAACAAUCUUUUCAGAUCACAAAACUCUAGGCAAAGAAAUCGGUAGAGUAAUUCAUUAUUCCAUUUCCUUUUUCUUUUAAGAAGUUCUGUUAAAUAUUGAGUUCUUUUUUAAGCCCUUAUCAAACUAUUCCGUCUUCCAGUUGUAAAAGAAAAUGGCAUGAUUUCAAAUUAUUUUAUUGUGUAUUUGUAUAUCUAAAAUCACGCUAGCUCAAUCAAGUUGCAAAAAUAUACCGUUUUAAACCAUUCGUGCUCUAGUGCAAGAUCAAGACCUUUUUCAUUUUAAUAUUGCAAUCUCUUAUUCGUAUAUCAAAUUAUUUCCAUAAAAUAAAUAUAUUUCAAUGGAUAUUCAUUGAUAUGUUUCAUUAAAUUUAAUAAGUCUUAUUUUUUAACUUGUCCCACCUCUCUCUUUUUUGUUUCAUUUCUUUCUUUACUUGCCAGUAAAAUUUGUAAAAUUAGCAACAUAGUGGGUAAAUCGACACAAAAAGACAAAAAAAUUGUUACUUAAAAUGGUUAAAAUGUAUUGACUCACUCGCCUUAUUUUCUAAAUGGGUCCAAAAAUUUAUGAUGUGCUGCAGUGAUAAUUAUUUAUUCAUCCAUACGCUUAAUUAAUAUUAGUAAAUUAGUUUUGCUUAGAUUUCUCCGUCCCUCUUUUUUUUUUUUUCUCUAUUUGUUAGCCAGUAAAAUUUGUAAGUUAGCAACAUAAAGCAUAACUCAGUAAACGAUAUGUGUACCUUAAAAGCGUCAAAAUGUAUCUACUCACUUGGCCUAUUGAGAUUUCGAAGAACCAACCCCAUGUUCAUGAAUAAAGCGGGAAUGCUCGAUUUGAUUCUUUCUGCCAAACUAAGCCUUUGCUCGCCUUGAAUUGCAUAGCUCGUGUUCAUCCUUGAAUCAUGAGAUCAAUGCGCUAGACUUAAUUCUUUUUGCUCUUUUCCAAUUCUCCCUAAGAAGCACGAAUUACUUGGACGAAAAGAAACGUGCUGAAAUAAAAGGGAAAAAAUAGGUAAAAAAGAGAGAUAAUACCUUGGAAAAGCGAGAGAAAAUAGGGGAAUGUGGGGGGAGUGGGGAGGUAACCGUCAUCCUACAACCGCCACUUUCAAAAAAUCACUUACAACAUGGGACAACACGAACCGGUAGACAAGAGUUCGCGGACGGGCAGAGUACGUGUUGUUUUGCACAGGAAGAACGAGGAGGAAGAAGAACCUUCUGCUGCUUCAUCAUCAUCAUCAUCUUUGGAGUAAGGCAGCACGUCGACGAGGGAGUCCGAUGAGGAGUUGCGCGUCGAUGGAGGGGAAGAGGGAGGAGCAGCAGCAAGUGCUGAGGAAAGGGCCGUGGAAGGCCGAGGAGGACGACGUCCUGAUCAGCCAUGUGAAGAAGUAUGGUCCCCGCGACUGGAGCUCCAUUCGAUCCAAGGGCCUCCUGCAGCGCACCGGCAAGUCGUGCCGCCUCCGCUGGGUCAACAAGCUCAGGCCUAAUCUCAAAAAUGGCUGCAAAUUCUCGGCGGAGGAAGAGAGGGUGGUGAUAGAGUUGCAGGCGCAGUUUGGGAACAAAUGGGCGAGGAUCGCGACGCACUUGCCUGGACGGACCGACAACGACGUGAAGAACUUCUGGAGCAGCAGGCAAAAGAGGCUGGCCAGGAUCCUGCAGGCCUCAUCUUCCAAGCAGCACAAGCACAAAAGGGACGUCCCUGCUGUUCCCUAUCACAAUGUCCCUACUUUGGAGGUUCCCAAAUUGAGCUCUUCGGCGGAGGAAGAGUCAACCUCAAGGGCUCACUUGUGCACAAUGCCGCACAUCGCGGAUCCUCCGCCGCCACUGAGACUGCUUCCGCCACCGCCCGACCUGCCGAACCCAGGUACUCCCAGUGCCAGCAGCCAUUUGGCUCCACACGAGUUCAACUCCAGUGAGGGCCUCUACUCCGAUCCCCACAUGCAAAUCCCGUUCCCUCACAUACCGCUUGCGCAAUUCGGCAUCUCGUUCUCGCCUGAGAGCCAAGAUCCCAUGUCGAGGCUCGAUGACCCCGACUAUUUCAGUUUGCUGGGCCCUGGGGAUGACGCUUCCGAGCUUGUGGACGGAGAGGGAUUUCCUCCCGACAUGCCCCUUCUUGAUCCUUCGUUGUGUUGUAAAGGUGGCGACAGCAUGAUGCGAGGGAAUGUAAACGUGGGGAAGCCGGAUAUCUUCUUCGACGACUUGCCACUGGAUGUACCUGACCAUUUCGAGCCACUCCCGAGCCCAUCGAAGUGGUGAUCAUACAAGUCAUACCGAGCUAGGAAGGGUCCGCUGAGGAGACAAGUUUUUUAAUUGUCUAAGCUUCCAUGAUUUGACAAGAUUCGGCGACAGUCAAUUCCCAUCGCUGUGUAUUCUUUGUAUUCAGAUCAGAUUUUAGGACGUUUAUGUAUGAGACACCUCUAGUUCAUGUGUUGCAGCAGUAUGAA